AAGUUAAAUGAAUGUUUAACACUGAAGGGAGAAGGUAGCAGCAGUGAAGAAAGGGUAUUGAACUUGGUUAAUAUGGUUAUAGUUGGUGGUGGUAGUUGGAAAACGGCGAUGUUAAUGUCAUCGUCGUUGAGUCACGUGCGUCCACUAACAUGUUCAUCUUCAACUUCAUCUUCAUCACGAAUAGCUCCUCAUCCACACGAUCUCAUCAAAUGGGUAACAAGAGAAGGUGGAUUCGUUCACCGUGCUGUGAAGAUAGCACAACUAGAUUCCUCAAAUGGUUUAGGGUUAGUGGCUAAGGAAGAUAUCCCAAUUGGUACUGACCUAAUUGCUCUUCCUCAACACAUUCCUUUGCACUUCAAUCACGAUGACAACUCUCACUCACUCCUCCUUCAAUUAACCUCCCAUGUUCCCGAUGAAUUGUGGUCAAUGAAACUGGGUUUGAAGCUUCUUCUUGAAAGGGCAAAACUUGGAUCUUUUUGGUGGCCAUACAUCAGUAAUCUCCCACAAACUUACACUCUUCCUAUUUUCUUUCCUGGGGAAGACAUCAAGAAUUUGCAGUAUGCUCCUAUUCUUCACCAGGUAAACAAAAGAUGCCGGUUUCUUCUUGAUUUUGAGCAAAAAGUCAAGCAUGCAUUAGUCGGUCUUACACCAGAUAAGCAUCCUUUUGGUGGCCAAGAAGUAGAUGCUUCAUCUCUUGGAUGGGCGAUGUCAGCAGUUUCAUCUAGAGCAUUCAAGUUACAUGGUAACAAGCAAUCAAAUGGGAUAAACUUUGACAUCCCCAUGAUGCUCCCUCUAAUUGACAUGUGUAAUCAUAGUUUCAAUCCAAAUGCUAGAAUUGUUCAAGAACAAGAAACUGGUAGCACAAAGAUGUGGGUGAAGGUUGUGGCUGAGAAAGCAAUCAAGGAAGACGAUCCUUUAUUACUUUGCUAUGGAUGUUUAAGCAAUGAUCUUUUCCUUCUUGAUUAUGGAUUUGUGAUACAGUCAAACCCUUAUGACUGUAUCGAGCUCAAAUAUGAUGGUGCUCUUUUGGAUGCUGCGAGCAUGGCAGCUGGAGUUUCUUCACCAAAUUUCUCCACACCUGCUCCAUGGCAGGAACUUAUUCUAUCUCAGCUAAAUCUAGCUGGAGAAACUCCAGAUCUCAAGGUGAGCUUAGGUGGUCAAGAAAUAAUAGAAGGUCGUUUGUUGGCUGCACUAAGAGUACUCCUUGCAAGUGAUAUGGCGAGUGUACAAAAGCAUGACCUCAACACACUUAAGUCUUUAAAUGCCGAGGCUCCUCUUGGUGUUGCAAAUGACCUUGCUGUAUUUCGUACCUUGAUUGCUCUGUGUGUCAUUGCACUAGGACACUUUCCCACCAAAUUAAUGGAUGAUGAAUCUUUAUUGAAGCAGGGUGCUUCAGGUUCAACAGAAUUAGCCAUUCAGUUCAGAAUCCAAAAGAAGUCUGUAAUUAUAGAUGUAAUGAAAAACCUCUCAAGGAAGGUAAAGCUUCUUUCAUCAAAGGAAACGGUCACUGCUGAAGGCUAAGUGGCAUUGAACACUUUCUGUCGUGAAACUCGUGUCUUUUGUUUUAUUUAAGUGACAUUGAAUACUUUUUGUCAUUUGAUUUUUUUUUCUUCAGUAUUUCACUUUAGAAAUAUCAAAAUUAGUGAGACCAUCUCAAAAGUUAUUAUUGAUAUUUAUGAAGAAACAUUCAUACAUAAAAAUGACUUCAUAGUGCAAUCAAUCAUUGAUUUUUUUUCCUGA